UACAGGCUUGGAGUGUGAGGAGCCCUUAAGUUUGCCCAGGACAUUUAUUAAGAGAGAUAAGAAGAGACAUUAAGACAUUGAGGAGAGGACAGAGGGAAGUCACAGAGUGAAGACCCCAAUACACAACCUGAAGAGGGUGACAGGCAUUUAAUGAAGGGCUCAAGCUUUCAAGAAGAAGACUCAAGACGUCUCAUGAAAGGGACACACUUACAAGGACGUAGAAGACAAAUAAUCUUUAGUAAGAGAUAGUCUUUAGGCAGAGGGAGACAUCUUCUAGACUGAAGAAGGGUAUGAGAAGCAAAGGGCAGGGUGCAAGUCAAUGAGAGACUGUUGGUAAAGGAUCGAUUCAAGGAGGUCAUUUUGGGCGGCAUGGAGAGAACGGAAGCCCCCAAGAAGUCACAAAAUAAUGCUUGCAAGUCAGGGUGGUGGGGUGAUGACCCCCAGUAUCAGUAUAUGCAAUUACGAGAAUCCUCCAGAUAUGGGAUUCCCAAACAGACACCACCUACCAUGCAGGAGAGUCCAGGGGAGCAACCCCCAACCGAAACCAAGACCUAUGGCCAUUAUACAGAAGAACUUUCUCAAUUUGCUCGUAAGGAAGCUGCCAGAUUACGGCAACACAGGCAAAGUUCAAGUGCAAGCGCGAUCAAACCCCCUGAUGUUCAGAAGCAGUGUUACUCCAAGUGUCAUGCUUGUGUACAGCGAGUAAAGAAAUAUUUCAUCAAAAAGUUGGGAGAAGAUUGGAUAUUCCUUGUACUUCUUGGUCUGGUCAUGGCAUUGGUGAGCUGGAGCAUGGACUACGCCAGUGCAAAGAGUAUACAGGCAUAUAAGUGGAUGUAUAAAGAAGCUUCUGACAAUGUCUGGUACCAAUAUUUGGCCUGGGUGUCCUACCCUGUUAUCCUUAUACUAUUUGCUGCAGUGUUUUGCCACUUAGUAGCUCCACAAGCCAUAGGUUCUGGCAUCCCAGAGCUAAAAGUUAUUCUCCGAGGUGUCGUACUGAAAGAAUACUUGACUCUCAAAGCCUUCAUUGCCAAAGUGAUUGGGCUGACGGCCUCCUUGGGGAGUGGGAUGCCUCUAGGAAAAGAGGGUCCAUUUGUGCACAUUGCAAGUAUCUGUGCGGCCGUCCUAAGCAAAUUCAUGUCCGUGUUUUGUGGAGUCUAUGAGCAGGCGUAUUAUUACACUGACGUACUCACUGUGGGAUGCGCUGUUGGUGUUGGCUGUUGCUUUGGAACCCCAUUAGGAGGUGUCUUGUUCAGCAUUGAGGUCACAUCCUCCUACUUUGCGGUGAGGAACUAUUGGCGUGGUUUCUUUGCAGCAACUUUCAGUGCCUUCAUCUUCCGGGUCCUUGCUGUGUGGAACAAGGAUGCAGUCACCAUUACGGCACUUUUCCGCACCAAUUUCCGAAUGGAGUUUCCCUUUGACCUCCAGGAGCUACCAGCAUUUGCAGUAAUUGGAAUCUGUUGCGGUUUCCUCGGGGCCUUUUUUGUGUACUUAAAUCGACAGGUGGUGCUUGGGAUCCGCAAGAACCAGAUCUUGAGCAGUUUUCUGAGCCGUUAUCGUUUUAUGUAUCCGGCAGUAGUUACUUUCUGCAUUGCAACGCUUACCUUCCCACAAGGAUUUGGGCAGUUCAUGGCUGGAGAGCUUAUGCCCCGGGAAAGCAUCACUGUGCUCUUCGAUAACCAAACCUGGACCAAGCAUGAGGGUAAUACCUCAAUACUGGGACGUUCCGCUGCCUUCAUCCAUCCCUCUGUUAGCGUGUUUGUCACUCUGCCUCUGUUCUUCAUCAUGAAGUUCCUGAUGUCGGUCGUUGCUACCACGAUGCCGAUACCCUGCGGAGCCUUCAUGCCAGUGUUCGUAUUAGGGGCUUCCUUUGGAAGAAUUGUUGGAGAGCUGAUGGCCUAUCUCUUCCCCAAUGGAAUUCUCUUUGAUGGGAUUGUCUACAAGAUAUUACCGGGGGGAUACGCUGUGAUUGGUGCGGCUGCACUGACUGGCGCCGUUACGCACACGGUCUCCACUGCUGUCAUCUGCUUUGAGUUGACAGGGCAGAUCUCUCACAUUCUCCCUAUGCUCAUCUCCGUCAUCAUGGCGAACGUGGUGGCUCAGAACCUCCAGCCAAGUCUUUACGAUUCCAUCAUUCAGACCAAGAAAUUGCCGUACUUACCCGACCUGUCCUCAUCUCACGUCAGUAAAUACAACAUUUUUGUGGAGGAUAUUAUGGUGAGAGAAGUUCGCUAUGUGUCUUCCCUCUGCACCUACAAUGACCUUCUUAACGUCCUGAAGACCUGCUCUCACAAAACACUGCCCCUAGUGGAGUCAAGCGAAUGUAUGGUUCUUCUGGGGUCAAUUGAGAGAUCCGAGAUUGUGGCUUUAUUGGACAGAGUCCUAUGUAAGGAGAGAAGACUCCGUAUGGCUUCACCCCCCUAUAAAGGGCAGAGGAUAACCGGUCCGGGGGGCAAACGGGACUCCUUCCGAUACGUAGAUGACGAAGAGGCGGGAGUAGAGGAGGAGGAGAAGAAAGAGCCGAUCGAGGAAUGCAACGGUCCCAUCACCCUAAAUAAUUCUGGGGAGACGCCCACAACUCCACCAGAGCCAGACAGUUGCUGCAAGAGGUUCCGUUCCUCCCUAGCAGGAAUCUUCUGCAGGUCUGAGAAGAAACCUGAAGAACCCUCAGAGGAAUCUGAUCUUGAAGACACAAUGACACCAGAAGAGAUUGCAGUCUGGGAGCAACAAGAGCUGGGGAAGGUGGCCUCCUUCGAUAGCUGUCUCAUUGACCCAUCACCAUUUCAGCUUGUGGAGAGGACAUCACUUCACAAGACGCACACACUCUUCUCUCUCCUCGGCCUUAGCCAGGCGUAUAUCACCAGUGGGGGGAAGCUGAGGGGAGUCAUCGCUCUGAAAGAGCUUCAAAAGGCCAUUGAAGGAACCGCCCAGUCCGGUGUCCGCCUGCGCCCGCCUUUUGCCAGUUUCCGCGACGCCAGUCGUUCACUGUCUCGAAAGGAAUCCCAAAGACCGAUCCCUAAGGCUCCGCCAUCUCCUGACCCUUCCAUGAUGCCUGAUGAACCCAUAACUUUAGCUUCUCCGGAAGUGACACCAGACUCGGAGCUGGAUGACCUGUCAGGUCAAGGAUCGGAGAACGUAUCACAGAUCCUGAGGGACUUCCAAACGUCUGCAGAGCACAGUGAGGAGGAUUUGUAACCUUCAUCCAUAAUGCCUCUGGGGCCAGGACAGGUUAUCCAGCAUCUGGCAAAGUUGGAUCUACUGUUAAGAACUUUCUGAAGGCUCCUAGAAUGGAGGUGACUUCUCUCGUAAGCCCGGUGGUCCCAACACCUGGUCUACAUACUUACAUUAAGUACAUUUGAUUGACUGCUACUAUUAUAACAUUGUCAUUCAAGACACUCAAGGAAACCUGUAUCUUCUUGUAAGGUUCUUCAAGAAAUGUAUCAAAGACUAACCUCAACCCUUCUUCGUUAUGUCAACGCUCUGCAUUCCUCAACAAGAAACCAACUCCUAAACAUCAAGUAAUACAACCACCAGCAUCCUCUGAACCCCUCUGAUACCAAUAUGAUAUCCGAGUCUCAUCCUCUCCAGUUAGAAAGCCAGCUGAUGCCUGUAAACGUCAGUCUCCAGUGAUCCAGAGAAUGGACUUCAUAAGAGCUUCUAGAAGGAACCACUGUGUUUGAGGUUGAGGUUUACAGUUGGAUGUUGGAUGAUAGGUAAUGGUAGAGUAGAGGCAAAAAAUAUAAAGUUUCCACCCUAUAAUGGGUGAAAAACCUAUACUGUCACCUAUGGUAACUAAUGGUGCUCCAAAUUUCAAAAAAAGCUUUAGAAAAAUGUGUUUUUUUUGGUUGCAUAUGGCAACAUCAUUGCUUUCCCCCUGCAUUUGAUUUUAUACAUUACCCCAGGUCUCUCUCUCUGAUCCACACCACUAUUACAUGUUAGGUUGGGGCCCUGGUACAGAUUUGGAAUUGUGGCCAAAAAGUUUGUUCCUCUGCAUGAUUUGUAAUGACCAUGUUGGCUUUGCCAUAAUUCAUUGGAGCCAUAUAAUUACUAGUUUCUGUCACUACUACAAACAAAUAAAAAUAAAUAAAUAAAAAAAACUAAAUAACAUUUAAAUUAAAGUUUUAAUGUAAUUUUAAAUAGAAAAUAAAAUUAGUAUAGGAAACUUAGCCCUAUGUAUUUCAGCAGCAGCCAUGAGAGCACCUCUCUCUUCCCCUCUCCUAGCAGGAAUAGCAGGAAGUCCCAGCACGAAAUCACAAACUAUUAGACUUUUCCACUUUGUAGCUAUUUAUGUUUUAGGUCCCUCAAGUGAUCACAUGCUGCUAGAUGUCAGUUAUUGCUGACCCGUUCAGUUGGGGGGGGUGACAUAAAGGUUGAAGUAGCUGUCCACCAUGAUUCCCUCUAUUGCUCCCAAGUGUUUAUAAGUUAUGGGGGCCCUGAGGAGUGUUGUUGCCCACUUUUUACCAGUCCCCCACAACUUUGAAGUCUGAGAAGUCUUCAUGCUCCCUUAGGUACCAUUGUCUGUGUUCAAAUGCACCCACUGCACCCCUUGCCAGGUCUGCGGACCCCCCACCCCCCUAGUAAUACAGCAAAAUAAAAUCUCCAUAUAGUGCUCAAAUAUCAGUGCUAUGUAAUGCCUGAAUAAUACUGGGAUUUUAAUAGCGUGAAGCAGACCGAGAAGUCUACUGGUUGCUCUUCAGUGGCUGGCAGAAGUCCACUUCUGAGCCAUAAGACCACUGUUCUCAUGGACCACAUAUGGUGAGGAUAGGGUGUAGAGGGCAUCUAGGAGGGGUUGGUGGAGCUAUUGACUUUUGUUUGGGCUAUAAACUCACUUUUCUGGUAGUACCACCUUAAUACCUUUGGAAAUGUAAGAAAAUUUUCUUGGCCAAUUUUUAGAAAUAGAUCAUGUAUGAUGGACCUUGUGGAUCGAAUACACUCAUCAUUGCUCACCAUUUACAUUCUUGAAACCUCAGUCUUAUGGAGGAGCUCAUGUUCUGGACGUUGCCCGGAGUCAAAGAGAAGGACACGCCAAGUCUUAACGUUUAAUACAGUAGCAGCCAUAUUUAUAGUGCUAUAAUGCCGCAGCCACCCUCACAUUACCUGCACGUAUUAAAGAGAUUGCAAGGAACGCAGCCCUCCUGCAGAGCGAUGUCACUACACGUGGAUGGACUUAAAGUCUAUAUGGUCUUAUUUUUCUACUAAGAUGCCAAAUGCUUUUAUAUAUCUUGCACUUGAUGUUGAUUUUGUGAGAUAAAUGAAUCAGUAGAUUUAUAAAAAUGUAUGUUCUUUAUGAUGACCAAGACAGGAGACUAUGAUUAUACGUUAUCCAUUGUACUGUCUAUGGGGGGGAUUUCUUAAAACAAGGGCAUUUCUUAGAGGAAACCAUAACCUGAUGGGUGGAAAUAUUUAUUUUUCCUUGACCAACGCAUUUCACGAGCAUGCAGUUCAGAAGGUGAACCACUAGAGGGCAGCAAAACGAUUGUCCUCUUACAGCUAGACCCUAAUCCAAAUGUCAACUGUAAUGGUCAGCAGGAGCCUUAAGUGCACCCCUUCUUCUGGUGGGCUAAUGUCUGAGGGGCUCAUUUAUUACCUACCCUGUACUUCUACCUUGUAUAUACACACUUAAAAAAUGCUCAAUGUUGAUUCACCCCAAAUUCUACAAGAAUAACCAGUGGGAGAUCCAAAAAAUCCAGUCAAAAUCUCUAUGGCUUUUAUUAACCCCUGUUUACCUGGAAAUCCAGUAAACAGCACUAAGUUCUGGACCCCUCAGUCAUCUAGGACUAUUGCUGGUGGUGGGGAAAGGGUUGGACAUCUCCAGUGAUAACCCACGAUGAGUGCAAUGUAUAGAAUGGAUGCAGUAAGCUCCUGAGCUCCCUCUAGUGGUGGCUGCAGGUAGCUGGAAUUUCAUUGUCUAAUUCUAUGUCUAUGUAGAGGAUUUGGAGCUCCGUAUCAGAAAAAAACUGACCUCUAUAAAGAUUCAUUCAAAACUUAAUCUGCAAAUAAUCUUUAUGUUCGGGCGUGGACAUUCUUUAGAUAUGUCAUAAUGGUAAAUGGGCAAUUUCAAAUGGAAAAAAUAGGAAUGGGUCUAAAACCAAAGCCCCUUUAAAUGUGACCCUAAACAUUAUAUUAUGGCUCUUUAUAAGUCCUGACAUUUAUUGGUUUAAUCACCUUCCGAUGCUCAUUUCUACCCGACGUUGAUGCUGCCUUGUAUGAUGUACGUCUCCUGGCCUUGAGAUGGUCAUGUA